AUGAUGCAGAAUCCCCAUGUCUACGGCCACCACCAGUACCCCCAGGCCGACUCUGCCUGGCUUCACCAACAGACCUCCCACCACCAGCACGCCCAGGCUGCCGCCGCCGCCGCCAAUGUUGCCCAGCAGCAGCACUAUAACCGCAUGGCCGGCGCACAUAACAAUGUGAAUGCCCUCGCCGCCGCCACCCAUGCGCAGGAUAAUGCCAUUGAGCCCGUGGUCUCGGACGACAACCGCCGUACCCUGCAGUACAUAGCCGAUCUGCUGAACGAGAAUACCAGGGAGGCGGCGCUCCUGGAGCUCAGCAAGAAGCGAGAACAGGUUCCCGAACUGGCCCUAAUUCUCUGGCACUCGUUCGGAGUUAUGACAUCUCUCCUCCAGGAGAUUAUCAGUGUCUAUACCCUCCUCAACCCCUCUCAGCUCACCGCUGCUGCCUCUAACCGGGUCUGCAAUGCCCUCGCCCUCCUUCAGUGCGUGGCGUCUCACAACGAGACGCGUACCCUCUUCCUCAACGCGCACAUCCCCCUCUUCCUCUACCCGUUCCUGAACACGACGUCUAAGUCGCGCCCGUUUGAAUACCUCCGGCUUACUUCGCUGGGGGUCAUCGGUGCGCUUGUCAAAAACGAUUCGACCGAGGUCAUCAACUUCCUCCUCACGACCGAGAUCAUUCCCCUCUGCCUUAGAAUCAUGGAGACCGGGUCGGAGCUCAGCAAGACGGUUGCUAUUUUCAUCGUCCAGAAGAUUCUGCUCGAUGACAAUGGUCUUAACUACAUCUGUGCCACUUAUGAGCGCUUCUACGCUGUCGGCACCGUCCUCAGCAAUAUGGUUGCGCAGCUCGUCGAGCAGCAAACCGCUAGGCUCCUCAAACAUGUUGUUAGGUGCUUCUUGAGACUUAGCGACAAUGCUCGUGCCCGCGAAGCACUCCGCCAGUGCCUGCCGGAGCCCCUUCGCGACGCCACCUUCUCUUCGGUCCUGCGCGACGACGCCGCCACCAAGCGUUGCCUGGCGCAGCUCCUCAUCAACCUGUCCGAUAAUGUAGUCGAACCCAGCACCAGCGGUCUUGGAAUUUAA